GUGGAGAUCACGGCGGGGCCCGACGACGUCGACUUCUCCGCCUACCCGAUCCACGUGCUCGCGAGCACGUUCAAGUGUUUCCUUCGCGAGAUGCCCGAGCCGCUGCUCCGUUACGACCUCUACGACCGCUUCCUGCGCGCGGCGGCGACUACGACGGCUGACGGCGGAGCGCGAGCGCGGGCCGUGCGUGACGUCGCCGCGCGCCUCCCCGCGCCGAACCGCUCCCUGCUCGACCGUCUCGCCUACCACCUCGCGCGCGUCGCCCACCACGCCGACGCGAACCGCAUGCCGGCGGGCAACCUCGCCGUCGUGUUUGCGCCGUGCGUGCUGCGACCGCCGGCGCACCGCCCCGCCCAGGAGAGCCUGCAGGACGUCGGCAAGCAGACGGCGUGCCUCGAGGCGAUCAUUGAUGAGCAGCUGCGCGCGUACGAACGCACGCUAGACGAGUUCAUCACGCUCGAGUCGGCCACCGCCGCCACGCAGGUGAAGCUGACGAAUCUGAGGUCAUCGAGGAUGCUGACGGAUGAAGGGACGUUCUCGCUGGAGGACGUUGGAGAGAUAGAGAACCUGGAGGCGAAUCGCUCGCUGCUGGAGGAGACACUGGCAGCGCUGGAGCCGCGGCUGCGCGCGAUCAGCUCCGAGGACGAGAUCGCGUGUCCGUACAACGACAGCCGCCGCGUGUCGCGCGACACCGACGACGACACCGACGACAACUACUCCGUCACCUUUGACCUCUCCG